UGACCCCUAAGUUCUCUUUGCUGCUCUCAUGGCUCUCCGGAUCUCUUUCUCUUCAUCUCCUCUUCAAUCCUCUCCUUCUCCUUCUUCUCCUCCUCCAUCGCCUUCGUCUCUUGGUCUGAAUCCGGCCUUCUAUGGGGCCAAUCGGAGGGCUACGAGGAUGCCCGCCCCCAUGUGGUUGUCCAAGGACGCCACCCGUCGAGCGGGCAGGGCGGUGGUGACCAGCUCGUCGAGCCUGGAGAUGGCGGCUCCGGCCGUCGGACAGGUGACGGAGGUGAACAAGGACACCUUCUGGCUGCUCGUGAAGGCCGCCGGCUCCAAGAUCGUCGUUCUUGACAUGUACACGCAAUGGUGUGGUCCCUGUAAGUUGAUGGCUCCUAAGUUUCAAGAAUUGUCUGAGAAGCACUGUGAUGUUGUAUUUCUCAAGCUUGACUGCAAUCAAGAAAACAGGGCCCUUGCAAAAGAGUUGGGUUUAAAGGUCGUCCCAACCUUUAAGAUUCUCAAGGAUAGCAAGGUUGUAAAAGAAGUAAGAGGGGCCAAAUUCGAUGAUCUAGUUGCUGCAAUUGAGACAGUAAAGUCAAGUUGACAUUUCCUUAUUGCAAUUGGCCCCUCCAGAUAAUCAAGUAUGAUUACGCAACGGAAGAACCUUUAUAAAGUUAAUUUUAUAAAAUUGCUUGGAUCAUCUGGACUGGGUGUUCCUUGGCUGUAAAGAAUUGAAAAUGAUACUCCAAAAAUAAAGAUAUUGAUUAAAGUAAAGGGUGUCCAUUUACAUUUAUGUUCAGAUUAAGAGAAUGAUGCAUGAGCAUUUCUCACCAGUGCAGGGCAUCAUAGGUGAAACAGAUUGUCAUUUGAGUUGUUACAAAUGGAAAGGUUCCUCACAUG